AUGUCUCACUUCUGCUUCUGUUACGCCGCCAUCCGGUUGAUACGAUUGGCUCCUUCAAAUGAUCCUUUCUCCUACCGCAAGUUGUUUCUUACGUUUUUGUUUUCCAUUCGUCUGUUUAACUACGUCGAUCAACGCAUUGCCCUCGCACAAGCCUCGCAGUCACAAGAGGAGCGUGCCACCUGCUUAGCAAGGAAAGCUGCCUACAGCACUUCAUUGCGAUCAAGCCUCAAGAAUGCACAACGGUCCAGAAUGAACGCACAGCCUGCAGCAACCGCCUCUGCAUUUCGGGCUUCCAAGACUCAUCAUCAAAGCCUUCUUCAUAACACAAGAAACGCUGCUGCCGCUGUGAAAUCAAGAGCAGUUGAGACACUUGACUGCAGGCGCGCCCGUCAAUCCAGGGACGCUGCUGCAACAGCGAGCGCUAGGGCUGCUGAGACACCGCCCGUAGAUCUACGAAUGCUGUCAGCACUGCCAGGUCGGGGGCAGCUGAAACAUUCGACCGCAGGCGCGCACGUUAAUCCAUUGACGCUGUUGCAACAGAACGCCCGUCAAUCUAGGUACGCUGCUGUAACAGCUAGGUCGAGGGAGCCCGUGAGAGUUCUGCAGCGGUCAACCCGCAAUCCCGCAAUGCUACAGCGACUUCUGCUGCCAGAAACUCCGCGGGCCAACAGACAAGGCAACAACUCCUUUCAAAUGACCUCAUUUGGCAUUGUAAUUGACGCCGACAAACGGCCUCAUGAUGAAUACGAACGCCGCUAUAAUGCUCCUGCGUGCAACGAAAUGGCCACUAUUAUACAUGGGCAGCAACAGCGAACUCGCGAUAUUGUCCUCAAAUCAAGAGGCGGCGCUCUUCGCAGGAUUUCAGAGACCCAUCGAUCAUAUGACGCAUUGCAGUACCCUUUACUUUUCCCUUAUGGUGACGAUGGCUACCACUUCGGCAUUCCCCUUCAUACUCCAGGUGGCCAACCUACAACGUCUUCCAAAGCCUUACCGUGCAAUGCCUUCUACUUAUACCGUUUAAUGGUUAGUGAUGGAGACUUCAACCUGCUUCAUAGAUGCAGGGAGCUUUUCCACCAGUUUGCGGUUGAUAUGGUCGCUAAGAUGGAAUCGGAGAGGCUUUGUUUUAUACAGAAUCACCAGAAACAGCUGUGCUCAGACUCCUACGUACACUUACGCGACAGCCUUCGAAAUGAAGUCAAUCCCGGCGACCUAGAGAAGCUGUGCUUUCUGCCCUCUACCUACACUGGGGGACCGCGUUACAUACAUGGAGGCACGUAA